GGGCCUGGACUCCCCCAGGUCCCGACCUGUGAUGAGGCUGCUAUGGUCCAUACUGGUGGCAGCAUGGAGGAGGGUGCUGUUGUAACAUCAGCACCUGGACGCUCCCACUCUAAUCCACUGGGAAAUCUGUCCACUAUAAGUACCCCAGAGCGAGAGCUUGACAGCCAGGCAGAUUAUGGCCAGGGGCUGAGGAGAUGGAGCCAAAGCUAUACUUACUGCAUCUGUUUCUCCAACUGCCACCUGCUCAGAAAAUCGAACCUUCACAGGAUUGGACCUCAGCUUGGCCUUCUUCGCAGCACUGAUGAAAGCAGAUUUGGGGGACUGGAAAAAGAACAGAGAGAUGGUCUUCAUGGCUCUGCAACUUCCUCUUCAGCUGAGCUUGGAGAGGCAUCUUCUGGAAAACAUGGUGGUAUCUGGAUUCAUUUUCUGGUUGUCCAAACAGUUGCUUUUCCCCAGUGGGCUGGAAUGGAGACACCUAUCACCCAUUCUAGCAGGUCAGGAGGGAGCAGGGGGAGAGACCAAGGUCAUCUUUCCUUUCACAAAUACCUGGAAGACUGGAGUCACCUUGCAAAAGUCCAACCCCAUAAUGCUUCAGAGAGGGAACUGCAGAGGACCCUCUAUACAGCUGUCCCCUCCGCGUCCCCUCCUCCCUCCAGGAGCUAUAGUCAAUAGAUUCAGACAUGUUGUCUAAU